AUGCCGAAAAGAACAAGACGCCUACCUCGCCCGCCUUCCCCGUUCCUCCGUCUGCCAGUCGAGGUCAUCGACAUCAUUCUUACCUACGCUUACGGCCCCGGAGACCCUUCCGAGCACGCACGAGUCCCUUACGCCGUCUUCUGCCGGCAUCUCCAACCCUCAUUCGCCAGAUUCCUCUACCGCGAUGCGCCCGUUCGCACCCUCCGAGCCCUGCAGCUCUUCUGCGCAACGUUGCGUCGACGCCCCGACCUUGCGGUCCACGUGCGAAUUCUGCGCAUCGACUUCCACGAUGAAUACUGGAGGGGACCAAGUCGGCCGGAGCCGGGCUUUCUCCCAUCGUUCCCUGAAGACUACGAGAUUAUCGAGGCGCUCAAGUGUCGGAGGCAGGGACACGGUAUCCUCUCCGGACAAGACCUGAUGCAGUUGUGGUUGCAGCUUAGCGGGCUCCGCGUCCUCAUCCUCGCACGCCUCCCGCCGGACCUCGAGACUCUCCUGUGCGGGACGGAAUUGCAACAGCUCACCGAGUUGGAAGAGCUGCACAUUGAGGAAUGGCGGCACGAGCACGACCACGAUGGGGUACAACUCAAGGCUCAAUUGGCACGGCAUCCGCGCCUGCGAAAAUUGCACUUCCGCUACAUGGAAGACAUGCCGCCUCUCCCAAGUCCCGGCCGCCAGGAUAUCUUCAACGCCCAGAUCAGUGCACUCAGCAUCACCUGCGACCAAGGUGGAUGCCCGUCACCCGACUUUGCCGGCCUUUUCCCGGAGCUUCGGGACUUCUUCGCCGUCACUGCAACGGAGGACGACCGUGUCUCGCGGUACAUCGAACAACUACCGGCAUCUGUUCGCACGAUCGACCUUCGACGUACCGACAACAACUUGGGACCGCCGGAGGACGGUGACCCCGUUUGGGACGACGUUCUUUCCCUCCUUCCAGACUUCCCCGAUCUCGACACGCUCUACCUUCCAUACGGUACAUUUGACAAAGAGGAGCUCGUCCCCUACCUACGCUCCUCCCGCAUCCGGCGCAUCGGCUUCGACUGGGACUGCCAACUCUCCGACGACACCCUAUCACAGAUCGUCCGACUCCCGCAGAUCGAGCACAUCACCCUUAACCAUUUGCGUGAAGACUGGUACGCCUAUUAUCGCGCCGGGCUUCCCCCGAUCAAGCAGCCUGGCAUCUUGGAUGCAGACUGGGCUGCGCUUCAAGACGUUGGUCGAUGGAAUCUGUGCUCACCCCAGUGGCCGGAUGGUGGAACCUGGGAGGGUCUCCAGGCUUUCUUCGCCAAGGCGGAGGAGCGGGACGUGGUCGUCGACGGCACGGCACUCGCCAUCAAGAAGCGCUACGAGGAUUGGCGACAGGAACAGCUGGCGAUCGUCGUUGAACAGGGCGUACAGCGUGGGGACUGGUCAACGGCAGACGAGUCGGACUUCAGCUGGCAGGAGAUCAGGGACUACAUGGCGCGGCAGUGGACGAAGGAGCGGAAGGAACACUUCAUCACGCCGCCUGGCCCGGCGCCUCCGCCUUUGAGCUCGAGCUCGCAACCUCUCUAG